UUUCUUUUCUGUCUCCAACAUGUUGAAGAUUAACUAAUUGGUUAAUUAUUGUUACCAAUUUAAAUUGUUCUGCUUUUUUUUUUAAAGUAUUUUACUGUCAUCGAAUUUAAUUAUUAUCUCAUGUCAACAUGUUAUCAUCUUCUCUCCUUGGGGUGAGAAAUGGUCUCUUCAAUUACCAUGUUAUUGGUCGAUGUACAAAGUAUUCUCAUUAUUGUGUAAUAAAAUUUUCCAAUGUUCGUUCCUGGUCAACAACAAGAAAAACACCGAUCGGUAGUGUUAUAAAUAGUAAAACCUUAGUCAAUAAUAAUAAUAAUGUUAAUUAUAGUUCAACAAUUAACAGUAAUCAUGUUAAUUAUUACCUGAGACCUUCUACUUCAUUGAGUACAACCAGUUUCUUGCCCCUUUCUCCUGUUAACUCUAUUAGAUAUAUUCACUUAUCAUCAUCAAAAUGGGAAAAAGAAUCUUCUAAAGUAGAAUCUACUCUUAAAGCUUUAAAGGUUAAAGAGAAAGAAAAUCAACAGAAGAUAUCAUCAUCUUCUUCAACAACAGGAUCAACAGCAUCUUCAACGGUUAUUUCAUCAUCUUCUGGUAAAACUGAUGCCUCAGGUAAACAAUUGGAUGAUACAAAGCCGAAAAGGAGUCUUGGUAAACGAAUCAAGGAUGAAAUUAUUCACUAUUAUCAUGGUUUUCGUCUUCUAUUUAUUGAUAUUCAAAUAUCUUCUCGUCUUGCAUGGAAAGUUUUACGAUCAAAGGAAUUAUCUCGAAGGGAACAUGAACAAUUGGUUCGAACAACGGCCGAUCUUUUUCGUUUACUUCCAUUCUCUGUUUUCAUAAUAGUUCCAUUCAUGGAAUUAUUAUUACCUGUCUUCAUAAAAUUUUUCCCCAACAUGUUGCCUUCUACUUUCCAAACAGCCUCUGAUAAGGAAUCGAAAAUCAAGCAACAAUUAAAAGUUAAACUCGAAAUGGCCAAAUUUUUACAAACCACUUUAGAUGAAAUGGCCUUACAAUCAAAGGGAGAAUCACAUUCAGAGAGAGCAAAAGAGUUUGCAGAAUUUUUUGAAAAGAUUCGUAAAUCAGGAGAGCAAGCGAGUAAUGAAGAUAUACUACGAUUUUCCAAGAUAUUCGAAGAUGAGAUUACUCUUGAUUCUUUAAGUCGUCCACAAUUGAUGGCAUUGUGUCGUUUAUUAGAAUUAAAAGCUUUAGGUACAAGUAAUUUUUUGCGUUUCCAAUUGCGAAUGAAACUACGAAGCUUAAAAGCUGAUGAUCGUAUGAUUAUGAAGGAAGGAAUCGACAGUCUCACUGUACCUGAGCUUCAACAAGCUUGUCGAUCCAGGGGAAUGAGAGCUCUCGGUGUACCAGUUGCUCAACUUCGCAAUCAACUGGCUCAAUGGCUUGAAUUAAGUCUCAAUGAACAGAUUCCGCCCUCAUUACUUUUAUUAUCUAGAGUUUUGUAUCUACCUGAGCAACUACCGGCCACCGAUCAACUCAAGGCUACUAUUCAAGCCUUACCUACAGAAGCUUUGACCGAAGCCAAAUAUAAACUUGGUGAAUCUGAAGGUAAAAUUGAUAAUAAGACAAAGAUUGAAUUGAUCAGGCAGGAAGAGGAAGCAAUCAAGAAGGAAAUCGCAGAAGAGGAAGCAUUCAAACAAAUGGCCGAUGAAGAGAUUGUCGAUAAAGCGGCACAAAAGAUUGAAGUUGUACCUAAAGAAGCUCUUAAGGAAACUGAACUUUCAUCAGAAGAUUUUGAUUCCCUUGAAACGGCUUUAGAAAAUCGAGAUCUUAUGUUGGAAAAAGAGGAAUUGAAAGAUCUUCAUGAGGAAAUGGAUGAUUACAAAGAGGAUAUUGAGGAAUUGAAUCAAUCAGGCAUGAAAGAGGUUCGAAUUUCAAAAGGAGCCAAAAGACUUGGUAAACGUGUGGACAAGAUGAUCAAACGAAUGGACAGUUUGGUUACUAAUCUUGAAUCGAAACGCGAUUCCCUUGAACAAGGAAUCAACGAUUUAGCUGGUGGUGACAAAGAUGCUGAUAAAGUGGCCAAAACUCAAGAAGCGAUGGUCAAUGUUGAUGAACUAUUAGAAGCUGUUAAGAAAAUAUCUAAAGCCGAUGAUAAUACCAAGAUGGAAAAGAUCAUCGCUGUUCUUGAUGCAAUGGAUAUCGAUCAUGAUGGUAAAGUAGAGGUUGAUCAUGUUCUCAAGGUAUUGGAAUUGCUCGGAAGGGAAGAGUUUAAAUUACCAACAUCACAAAUGAAAGAUAUUGUGACCAUGUUAAUGCAAGAAGAGCAAUUGGAAGAUGAAGAGAAGGCCAAGAAAAAACAAGAAGCCGAGAAAAAAGUUUAACCAUCAAACGAUUUUAAAUUGUCCUGAAAAGUGAUGAAAAAAAAAACAUACCAAUCAAAAGAGAUGAUAAAUUGUUGUGAUAAUUUAAUUGUGUAAAAAAAAAUCAAACGAAAUGAGACCUUAUAAAUCGUUUUGUAUAAUCGAGAAGCUAAAAAAAUUAUAUAAAUGAUUUAACUCACAAAAAAAUCACCUUUUCCCAAUUUCCUUUUGAUUGUGAAACUUGUAUACUUUUAAUUGUUAUGAUUGUUUAGCGAACAGGCUUACAAUUUAAAGAAAAUUAAAGGUGAAUUAGAUUCGA